AUGGCCGUCAUUGUCCACUUCAACUUUGCAGACCACGUACCCGAACAGGGUCACAUAACCUUCGGGGAUCUAGCAACCAGGACCCAGCUUCAUGUUGAACGAGUACGGCGCAUCCUGCGGUGCGCAGUCGCCCAUCGAGUGUUCUGCGAGGAGCCGCUUGGAUAUAUCUCCCACAGUGCUAUCUCCAAAAGCCUGUUGAAGCCAGGUCUAAAGGCUUGGCUGGGUCAUCAGUUCGAGGAGAUGCUACCAUCGUCUGCAAAAUUAGUCGAUGCCUUUGAGAUGUACCCAAAUGUCGACGACGAUAGAGAGACAGCGUUCAGUGUAGCAUUUUCGGGACAAGACCGAACAACUUACUGGGAGGUCCUUGAAAAGACACCUUGGAAGGUCAAGAGGUUUUGCGAUGCACUUGAAUACAUAUCCACCUCGGGAGGUGCCGGAGACUUCCGUACACUGGUCUCAUGCUACGACUGGAAGAAGCUGGGUGCGGGCAAACUUGUGGACGUCGGUGGAUCGACAGGGCGAGUCUCGAUCGCCAUAGCUGAAUUGGCAGACCCGGCGAUGGACUUUGUCAUUCAGGAUUUACCAGAAGUGGAGGCAGAAGCUCUCAACACGAUACCCGAAAACUUGAGAGAGAGGAUGGUGUUCCAACCGCACGACUUUUUCAAACCUCAGCCAACACUUGAGGCUCACGUGUACAUGUACAGGCAGAUUCUCCAUGACUGGCCAGACGGUAAAGUGGUUGAAAUUCUAAAGGCCUUGAUUCCCGCUCUCAAUUCAGGAGACUACCUCUUACUUAUCGAGAGCGUGCAACCAGAUCCGCAAACCUUGCCGAACUCAAUUGAUAGGCUUAUAUAUGCCGCAGAUCUUCUGAUGAUGGCGAAGCAUAACUCUAAGGAGAGGACACUGGAUAUGUGGAAAGAUUUGUUGAGACGGGCGAGCGCAAACUUCGUACUCGAGAAUGUGAUUUCACCGGAAGACGCAGGGGCGCAGGGUGCGAUCAUUGAGGUUAGAUGGUGGCUAUAG